CCAGAGUCAACAAACCAAAUCGCAAUCGUCAACAAGACGAGCAUCAGCUCACACCCCUCCAUAGCGAAGACGAACCUCCCGUUAAAGCCGCAAGCGUGAGAUACUAAAGUAAACCAUAAGAGAGGCGAUUCCAAUCCUAGACCAUGUCAGAGAGACCACAGCAGCCCUCCGCCGCCUCCGCCGCGGCCAACGCGGACAACGUAGACGAGGCGCUGCACCGUAUGUCGAAGAAGCCUGGCGUCAAGGGCUGGCUGAUGCUGGACCGCGCGGACGGUACACUCAUCAAGCACAGCAGCCAGAUUGCCACCGUCCGGCCCGCGCGGUUGUCAUCCGCCGCCGCCGGGGGCUCCAACGGCCUCGGCGGCGACAGCGCGCCGAAUAACGACCUCCCCAUGAGCCCGACCGUCGCUAGCGGCUCCUUUUCAUCCGACAUCGGCUCUGGCACCACACCCGGCGCUGGGGCCGCAAACGACGACGCGCAGGCCGCUAAGGAGCUUGCCGGCCUGGUAUGGAGCCUGGUGAGCGUGGCGGGGAAGAUGGUUGACGAUGUUGAUGAGGAGGACGAGAUCAAGCUCCUCCGCCUACGCACCAAGAGGCAGGAAUUCGUCGUUGUUGUGGAGCCCAAGUACCUCCUCAUCCUCAUUCACCACACACCUCCGAUCUGAUCUGUCGAGUUGAGUUCCCUCCAGGGACGGAGGAGAGAUGGCCCUCAGCCGGACUACUAAAUGGGCCGGCCAUCAAACUUCCCCCUCACGCUCUCCUAAGCAACGGUCUUCGAAUCUUCUUCCCUUGUCUUUCCGAGUUGGCAUUACGUGUAUGGUGUACAUACGGGGGCGUUAGGGCGGCGUUUUGGCCUGUAGAAAAAAACUCAUGAUACCCAAGAUCGAUUGGUAGGAACACAGGAUAGCGAGAAGAAAGGGGGGAGGUUUCACGAUAGCGAUUUGCUAUUAGUUCGGUUUGGUGAAUGCGUCAUCGCAUGCCAUGUGCGAGCCGGCAGGGAAUCAUAUGUGUAUAUCUCCGUCGUUGCAUAUACAUACACACCUAGGGUAUACCCGUUGAACAAUUCUGUUUAUUUGAUAUACCUAUAGCAUUAACAUAAUACU